GAUGGAGGAUUCGGGCAUCCAGCGAGGCAUCUGGGAUGGAGAUGCCAAGGCUGUCCAGCAGUGUCUGACAGAUAUUUUUACCAGUGUUUACACCACCUGCGACAUCCCUGAGAAUGCUAUCUUUGGUCCCUGCGUUCUGAGCCAUACUUCCCUCUACGACAGCAUAGCUUUCAUAGCCCUCAAGUCUACCGACAAGAGAACCGUACCUUACAUCUUCCGGGUUGACACCUCAGCGGCAAAUGGUUCUUCAGAAGGGCUCAUGUGGCUGCGACUCGUCCAAUCAGCCAGAGAUAAAGAGGAGCAGAACCUAGAAGCCUACAUUAAAAACGGACAGCUGUUCUACCGCUCUCUCCGCAGGAUUGCCAAAGACGAGGAGUUACUAGUUUGGUACGGGAAAGAACUGACUGAGUUACUCUUGCUCUGUCCCUCUAGACCCCACAACAAAAUGAAUGCAGGGUCGUCCCCUUACACAUGCCUGGAAUGCAGCCAACGGUUCCAGUUUGAGUUCCCUUAUGUGGCGCAUCUGCGUUUCCGCUGCCCCAAGAGACUUCACAGCGCUGAUAUGAGUCCCCAAGACGAGCAAGGCGGCGGCGUGGGCACCAAGGACCACGGGGGCGGCGGCGGGGGCAAAGACCAACAGCAGCAGCAACAAGAGGCGCCACUGGGUCCGGGCCCCAAGUUCUGUAAAGCCGGCCCGAUCCACCAUUUCCCGGUCCCCUCCCCCGAGAGCACCAACCCACCCGCCGCGGGCGGCGGCAGCAGCGCGAAGCCAUCCACGGACUUCCACAACCUGGCCCGGGAACUGGAAAACUCCCGGGGAGGUAGCAGUUGCUCCCCAGCCCAGAACCUCAGCAGCGGCAGACGCGGGCACCAGGAGGAGGAGGCGGCGCCGGCCGCGGGCCCCCUGCAGCUGCAGCUGCCCUCGGCGCUCACGCUGUUGCCGCCCUCCUUCACCUCGCUGUGUCUGCCCGCGCAGAACUGGUGCGCCAAGUGCAACGCCUCCUUCCGCAUGACCUCCGACCUGGUGUACCACAUGAGGUCGCACCACAAAAAGGAGUACGCGAUGGAGCCCUUGGUGAAGCGGCGGCGGGAGGAGAAACUCAAGUGCCCCAUUUGCAACGAGUCCUUCAGGGAGCGCCACCACCUCUCCAGGCACAUGACCUCGCAUAAUUGACACGGAAAAGACCCCAGUUUUCUCCACGCGCGCACGCACAGUCAAGCCACCUGCGGGAACAAACACGCGAGGAUUUACACCACUUCCUUGCGCCCUGAAACACGGCACAUGCACACACACACAUGCCCUCUCCCCCAAGAAGAGCUUUCUCAUUCGAGUGUUUACCCGGGACACCCACACAUGUACACACACACACACACACACACACACGCGAGACAGGAUGGUGGAUUUUUGAUUGGGUGGGUUGUUUGAGGGAUUUUCUUUUGAAUGCACGCAUUUUCACUUUCCCAAAAACAAAGGUACAUUUUUAAAAAUGUCAUAUAUUGCAACAUAUUGAUGCAUUUGUCAUACGUUUCUACUUAAAUUAUUAAGCACUUACAGUUUAGAUGUAAUAAUUAUAUGUAAGGGCAAAAUUUAUUUUAGAUAUAAAGUAAAGGAAGAGGGUGAGAUGCUUUCUGCAUUUCUUGAUGACAGCUUGUGUUCUUACAAAAAUAAACAAAACGAAUAAAAAGGGGAUCACCAUUCAAUUUACGUUUCCAGGGGGAAAUGCAUGUAUCAUGAAAUGAUUAUGGACUUCAGUGAAGAAUGUCAUCAAUUAUGUAAAUAUGUAUUUCCUUUUAAUACAAAGUGUAAUUUUGUGCCAGUGAAAUGGAGUCUGAAUAGUUAUGUGUUUCUUUUAUCCCUGGAAAGAUUUAUUAAACUUUAUAGUUUCUUCGGGUAUGUUGGAUGCUUUGACAAUAAAUGACU